AUGAAAAAAACCAUGAAUGUGCCACAAAACAGUGUUAGUCGCUCUACGUGCAAUAGCAAGGGGAGUAUGAUUGUUGUAUCAAACAGGCUACCAUUUGUUUUAAAAAGAAAUGAGAAAACCGGUGAUUUAGAGAGAAAAGCCAGCGCUGGUGGCCUCGUCACAGCUGUAGCGCCCGUAGUUAUAAGGGGCAAAGGUAUUUGGGUGGGCUGGCCGGGUAUACAUCUGGACAAUCCCAAUGAAAAAAUACCGGAAUCAGACCCCAAGGACAAAACGCCGACCGCUGGUCUGCUCUCAGAUAAGAUCGUGGCCAUUCACGCGGAACCGAAAUUAUUUGACAGCUACUACAAUGGAUGUUGCAAUGGCACUUUUUGGCCGUUGUUCCACUCUAUGCCGGACCGGGCCACCUUCAUCGCGGAUCAUUGGCGAGCGUAUUCGAAAAUCAAUGAGCAAUUCGCCGAAAAGACCAUCUACGCGCUUAAACUCUUAAAAGACAGCAAGGAAAAGAGCGGCAAUUCCCCGCCCAUAGUGUGGGUUCACGAUUAUCAUCUGAUGUUAGCGGCUAAUUGGAUCAGACAAAGAGCGGAAGAAGACGAAAUAAGAUGCAAACUAGCAUUUUUCCUACACAUACCCUUCCCUCCUUGGGAUAUAUUCAGACUGUUCCCGUGGUCCGAUGAAGUCUUGCAAGGAAUCUUGGGUUGCGACAUGGUCGGCUUCCACAUAACUGACUACUGUUUGAACUUCAUAGAUUGUUGCCAGAGAAAUUUAGGUUGCCGAGUCGAUAGGAAGAAUCUUCUUGUUGAGUUAGGAGGUCGUACUAUUUGCGUGCGGCCGUUACCUAUCGGCGUGCCCUUCGACCGAUUUGUCUCUUUAGCCCAGAAUGCAAAACCAGUCCUAUUUAUGAACCAGAAAGUCUUAUUGGGUGUAGAUAGAUUGGAUUACACCAAAGGCUUAGUACACAGACUGAAAGCCUUUGAGAGACUGCUUGAAAAACACCCAGAACAUAGAGAGGAAGUUGUUUUACUACAGAUCUCAGUUCCAUCGAGAACCGACGUCAAAGAAUACCAGGACUUAAAGGAAGAAAUGGAUCAAUUAGUCGGCAGAAUAAACGGAAGAUUCACCACACCGAACUGGUCACCAAUAAGGUACAUAUACGGUUGCGUGGGUCAAGAUGAACUUGCCGCUUUCUAUCGUGAUGCCGCCGUAGCUCUCGUCACUCCGCUACGGGAUGGUAUGAAUCUGGUCGCCAAAGAAUUCGUGGCCUGCCAGAUAAAGAAGCCUCCUGGUGUAUUGAUAGUGUCACCAUUCGCUGGCGCUGGUGAGAUGAUGCACGAAGCUCUGAUAUGUAACCCGUACGAGCUAGACGACGCCGCUGAAGUUAUUCACAGGGCGUUGAUAAUGCCAGAAGACGAGCGUACUGUUCGUAUGAAUCAUCUAAGGCGACGGGAACAACAAAACGACGUGGACAGUUGGAUGAAGGCGUUCCUUAAAGCCAUGGACUCAUUAGAAGAAGAAGCUGAUGAUAUCGGAGCCACCUCCAUGCAGCCCGUUACUAUUGACGACUUCGACGAAUACCUAUCCAAAUACAUUGGCUACACCCAGAAAUUGGCUUUACUACUAGACUACGAUGGGACCCUGGCUCCAAUAGCGCCACAUCCGGACCUCGCGAAACUACCGCUUGAAACAAAGAAUACUUUACAAAGACUAUCCAAUAUGGCUGACGUAUAUAUAGCUAUCGUUUCCGGUAGAAACGUCAACAACGUCAAGGAAAUGGUCGGUAUAGAGGGCAUCACUUACGCAGGUAAUCACGGCUUAGAGAUAUUACACCCGGACGGCAGUAAGUUCGUGCAUCCCAUGCCUAUGGAACUACAAGACAAAGUUGUUGAUCUACUCAAAGCGUUGCAAGAACAGGUGUGUCGAGAUGGAGCUUGGGUAGAAAAUAAAGGAGCUCUACUGACUUUCCACUUCCGGGAAACUCCUCUAGCUAAAAGGGCGGCUUUAGCUAAUACUGCUAAGAAACUAAUAACUGCCGCAGGUUUUACACCCGCCCCCGCACAUUGCGCCAUAGAAGCGAGGCCGCCCGUACAGUGGAAUAAAGGUCGUGCGUCCAUAUACAUCUUGAGAACAGCCUUUGGUUUGGACUGGAGUGAACGCAUCAGAGUUAUAUACGCUGGUGAUGACGUCACCGAUGAAGACGCUAUGCUGGCUCUGAAAGGCAUGGCGGCUACAUUCCGUAUAGCAUCAUCAACUAUAACGAAAACGUCAGCUGAACGCCGUCUGUCAUCAACGGAUUCAGUGCUCGCCAUGUUAAAGUGGGUAGAACGACAUUUCUCUAAUCGCAAGCCUAGAGCCAACUCACUCACAUACAAAAACGCCAGAUUAGCUCGCGAUACUAUUCAAAUGCAUAUGUCCUAUCAAAUACCUAAAAGAUCCCCUCGACACACUCCGCCCUGCACUCCAGAAAAAUCUUCAAGCGGAUCUGAAUCCAAUUAA